AUGAUAAGGAAGAAGAAAAGAAAGGAAACCAAGAAACGUGUCAAGGAUUCGACGGGCCACCACGACUCGAACGAGUUGACCGGCUUCCACACGUGUUGCGAGUGCAGGAAGACGUACAGGUCGCGGAUGGCGUUAAACCGGCACGUGCGAGAGGAGUGCGGCAGGGUCUUGUACACCUGUCCGUUCUGUCACAACAUCAUGCCGAUGAAGUUCAAUCUGUUGAAUCACCUCAAGAAGGAGCACGGCUAUCUGCUCGGCAAUCUGGUCCAUACCUGCAAGACCUGCGGAAACGUGUACAUGUAUUACAGUUCAUUGACGAGGCACGUGAGGGAGGAGUGCGGGCAGGCGCCGAAGUACCAGUGCCUGUAUUGCCCAAAGCGGACCAAGUUACGCUGCAACCUGCUGAAGCACAUGCGAAAAAAGCACGGCUGA